GUGCCGCUGAGCCCUGGCGCGAUCCCGGACGGGAAUCAGCGGCUGUGCGCGCAGCGAGGGCAGCGGACUGCGGAGGCUGGGUUUGGUUCCAUGGAUCACGGAAGGACAGCGCCUGAGUGCAUCUACGUGACUUGGCAGGAGGAGAGCGCCCGCGGACCGCACGCCCCACCUUCUCUGCACUCUGCCCUUCUCCAGAUGCGGAGCCUCAAGGGGGAGGAAAGGAUGCCUGCUGCACGAGGGAAGUCCAAGUCCAAGGUGCCAGUGACAUUUGGGGAUUUGGCCAUCUACUUUUCCCAGGAAGAGUGGGAAUGGCUGAGCCCCAUUCAAAAGGAUCUGUAUGAAGAUGUCAUGUUGGAGAACUACCAGAACUUGGUCUCUCUCGGACUUUGCUUUCGGAGGCCAAAUGUGAUCACCUCAUUGGAGAAAGGGAAAGCACCUUGGAUAGUGGAGCCAGUGAGGAAACGCCGGGGUGUGGACUCAGGGUCUAAAUCUGAGACCAGGAAGUUACCUCCAAAUCUGUGCAACAAAUCUGGGCAAAGCAUCUAUCAGAAACCAAUUUCUGCAUCACAGAAAGUUCCCACAGGAAAGAGAGGCUGCAAGAAGAGUUCAGUUCUAAUAAAACCCAGGAAGGUGCAUUCAGGGAAGAAAUCUUUAAAAUGUAAUGACUGUGGGAAAACCUUUGGUCAAAGCUUAUCUCUUAAACUUCAUCAGAAAUCUCAUACUGGAGAGAAGCCUUAUGAAUGCAGUAAUUGUAGAAAAGCUUUCAGACAGAUCUCAUCCCUCAUUCUUCAUCAGAAAAUUCACAAUGGAAGGAAAAGCUAUAAAUGUGAUAAAUGUGGAGAAAGCUUCAUUCAAAGAACAUCUCUUAUUCUACAUGGGAAAGUUCAUAAUGGAAAGGAAAUCUUUGACUGUGGGAGGGCCUUGAGUCAGUGCCCACCUCCCAGUGUGGGCCAGAAAAUUAGUUUUGUUGAGAACAUCCACCAGUGUGGAAAGUGUGGGAAAGACUUCAUUCGAAUGUCAUCCCUAUUACUUCAUAAGAAAUUUCACAGUGGAAAGAAAAUUCAUAAAUGCAAUAAAUGUGGGAGAGGCUUCAAUAAGAAAUCAGCCCUUGUUAUACAUAAAAGAAAUCAUACUGGAGAGAAAACCCAUGAAAGUGAGAAGGUGUUAGGUCAGAGUCCACAGCAGAAAAGUCACUAUUUAGAGAAUCCUUAUAAAUGUAGAGCAUGUGGAAAAUCCUUUAAUAGGAUUUCAUCCAUUAUGCUUCAUCAGAGAAUUCACACGUCAAAGAAGACCUACAAAUGUGAUAAAUGUGAGAAGGUCUUCAGGCGGCUUUCAACCCUUAUUCUACAUCUAAGAAUUCAUAAUGGAGAGAAACUGUACAGAUGCAGUAAAUGUGAGAAGGUCUGUAAUCGGCAUUCAUCCCUUAUUCAACAUCAGAAAGUUCAUACAAGGAAAAAGAAAAUGUUUGAAUGUAAGGAAUGUGGAAAGAUGUUUUCUGGAACUGCAAACCUUAAAAUACAUCAGAACAUUCAUUCUGAAGAGAAACCUUUCAGAUGCAAUAAAUGUAGUAAAGUUUUUGGCCGUCAGUCAUUUCUUAUUGAACAUCAGAGAAUUCAUACUGGAGAAAAACCCUAUCAGUGUGAAGAAUGUGGAAAAGCCUUCAGUCACCGAAUAUCUCUUACUCGACAUAAGAGAAUUCAUACUGAAGAUAGACCCUAUGAAUGUGAUCAGUGUGGGAAGGCCUUCAGUCAGAGUGCACACCUUGCCCAACAUGAAAGAAUUCACACUGGAGAAAAACCAUAUACAUGCAAAACAUGUGGGAAGGCCUUUAGUCAACGCACAUCCCUUAUUCUACAUGAAAGAAGUCAUACUGGAGAGAAACCCUAUGAAUGUAAUGAAUGUGGGAAGGCAUUUAGCAGUGGCUCGGAUCUUAUUCGGCAUCAGAGAAGUCAUUCUUCAGAGAAACCAUAUGAAUGUAGUAAAUGUGGGAAGGCAUAUAGUCGGAGUUCAUCCCUGAUUCGACAUCAGAAUACACAUUCUGAAGAAAAAGCCUAAGUUUGUUUUAAAUAUGUGAAAGCAUAGAGUGAGGCUUUCAAAGUAGGAGAGACCAAGGCAUAGGAAAAUGCAUUUGUUUAUAACAUAAAUUUUGUAAAAAUGGGACCAUUUGAUGAUGUGUCCCACUUGAAAGCCAAAGAGCAAAAGUCAUUGAUGACUUUGACCAGAUGAUUUGUCAUCAGCUGAGGCCAUGACCUUACCAUAGGUCUUAAUUUCAAAAUAGCAAGCUCGGAUGAUUGGAUCAGUCAUUUUUAAUGAAUACUACUCCUCAUGUGAUAAGAAUUACUGAUAUUUUAUUUCCAGUGUAAUUUAAAGCUAUUUCAUUAGUCAUAUACAACAAAGUAGAACUGCAAAGUCCAUAUUUCUGGAUGGGGCUUUGAGCCUGAUUUAAGGUCACAUGAAGAAUGAGUUUGAGUUUGUCUCUUAGGACUGGAACUAUCACAUAUAAGAGAUUUCCUGGGCAAACCAGGGUGCUACUUCCAGCUGGCAGAAAAUUGUGGGUGAGAAAAGAGAAGAGUCUUCAAGUGGAUAAAGAUAGCACUCAUAAUUGUGUGAAUCAGUUGUCAUUACCAUAUUGUCUCCAUAUGAAAAUAUAUGAUAUUCAUGGUGUGAAAAAUCUAACAAGCCUGAGACAGGCUAAUGGGAAAAAAGAAACCAGAGAAAUGAGAACUUAAAAGCAGGGAGAAAUUAUUUGUUACUGUUUUACUGAAAAUAAAUUUGUCUAUAUUUAUAUAAAUAAACAUUGGUAUUUUCAUGUAAGAACCCUGGCGUGCAGUAAGUGAUUGGUGGAAAAAUGAGAUGCCAUUUCUUGAAUAUGUCCUCUCAAAAUUCGUAUUUCGGACCCCUAACCUCUAAUGUGAUGGUAUUUUGAAAUGGGACCUUUGGGAGCUAUUUAGGGGUAGAUGAGGUUAUGAGGGUGCGUCAUGAUAGGAUUAGUGUCUGAAAAAAAGAAAGGAUGCCAGAGAGCUUGCUUUUUCUACUUUGUGAAGAUACUGCAAGAAGAUGGCUGUCUAUAAGCCAGGAAGCUAGCCUUCACUACCACCCAACCAUGUGACACCUUGAUCUCGGACUUUUAGCCUCCAAAACUGAAAAAGGAAUGAAGACCUUCUCAAAAACAAUACAUUGCCAUAAGACCUCUCUAUUUGAAAUAAAUGAAGUGCUUGAAGCAGAAGGAAUGUGAAACCAUAACAAAUUCUUGGAUAUACACAAAGGAAAGAAGAGAAGUGGAAUAAAUGAAGGAUCUUAAUCAACUGGAACUCCCUUUUUGUGGAUGGUGUGAAGUAAGGAUCCUAUUCAAUUUACUUAUAGAGUGUGGAGUGAGGAAGCUGUUGGCUUCCACAAAGAAAAGCAUUUAACAGUCUUGUCACUGUUUCUUAUUACCAUCCCUCCCACCCCCAGCCUCUACACACAAACCAGCUUGAAGCCUAAACUCCUCUAGGGAUGCUCUGUACACAGCAUUUGGGCAGAGUGGCUCCUAUUACUGAAAUCCCUAUCAUUCAAACAUUUCAGGUCACAGCAGCCUCUGCUACAUUUCAUGAAUGAACACUUUCCUCCAUUUUGUCUUUUAUUUGCUCAAUUCUUUUCAUCCACUGAUGACCCUGCUUUCUGAUCUUUGUUUGGUAUCUUUUUCAUUGUUUUAUGCAUUUAAUGGGAUAUGGAAGGAAGGUAUAUUUAUAUACUGUUUGUUAACUGUGAAAGAAAAUCUUGGUUUUUCCAAUGAAAAUUCUGAUAAGUUGCCUUUCCAAAAAUUUGUACAAAUUCAUACUCUCACACAUACUCCUUUCCUGCUUUUGCAAUGCAUAUUUUUUAUAAAUCUGAUAUUGACGGAUGGAUAGUUCAUUGGCUUAACUUGUAUUUCUUGAUUCUAGUGAGAUUCAGUAUUUAUCAUACAUUCAUCAGUCACCUGUUGCCUCUUUAUAUCCUUUGCCUUUGGGAAUAGUAGUGUCAUUUUCUAAGUGAUCUGUAGGACCACUUUUAUAUUAAGGAUAUGGAUUUCAUGUAUGUUGUAAUAAUUAUCUCUAAUUGUGAUAUUUAAAAACUUUGUGUUUAUACUGUCUUUGACUAUAUAAAAGCUUAAUAAAGUUCUU